AGUUUUUCUGUACUAGUCUAUAGUUCACCAUGUUAGGUUUAAGAUUAUCGUUAAUUUUAAUAACGUUGUUGCCAUCUUUGGCAAUAUCAACGCAAAAUUUGGUUUAUGAGUUUGAAAAAUCUCACUCAAUAAAUAAAAGAAGUUCGGAAGAAGAAGAUCAGACUUCAUCUUUGCAUAAGAGAGAUACAACUUCAAGCACUUGUGUACCACCCGCGGAUUUUGUAAACAAGCUUACACCCGGUCGUACCCAGCACAAAUUCACGCAAGAUACAAAUCCUUCAAUUUCCCUGACAUGGUCUGGUAGUGAUGGAGUUAUUCUCGGUCUAACUACAAUGACCAGCAUGUUUGUAUCUCAAGCUUCAAAACUAUACAGAAGCCAUGAUCGUGGAAAAACUUUUGAAGACAUAUCCUCUCGUAUUGACCAUGGUUACAUACGCAAAUCUGGUGGUAUGCAAGUCAACCCAACUGAUACAAACAUGGUGAUUUUGUUUGGAUACGACCCUCCGUUUUCCACCUCCCGACACACUACUAUAUACACAACCAAUGAUGCGGGCUUGACAUUCAGUAAAAUUCUCCUUCCCUUUAAAAUUGAUGUUUCUUCAAUUAAGUUUAAUGCGCAUAAUAAACACAGACUGCUUGCCCAAUCUGUAAGCCAUGGUGAAUUAUGGUUGUCUUCAGACUUUGGAAGCUCGUGGAAAUUAGUUCAAAGUUACGUUCAAACUAUAUCCUGGGACCCAACUGAUGGCGAUUAUUUUUACUUCACUUAUGACCCAAGUCAAUCUAUGUCUAAGAACAGUAUCACCAAUGAGCUGUACAGAGAGAAUGCAAUUACUGAAGUAUCAGUACGUUUAGCACAAGAUGUUCAUAGCUUUGCUGUACAAGACACUUUUCUCUUUCUAUCUGUGCAAUUUCAAGGGAAAAACGGCAGUCGUGUAAUGCAUGUGUCAAAAAACCACGGCGAUUCAUGGGAUGCUGCACAACUUCCACUUAUUAACCGAAAGCAAUUCUAUUCCCUCCUUGACAUGAGUGAAGAUAUGGUGUUUAUUCAUGUGGAUGUAGAGGGUGACACUGGUUUUGGAACCAUAUAUACUUCUGAUGAGCGGGGAAUUAUAUUUUCAAAGUCACUUUCAAAUCAUCUUUACCCAAACAAUAAAGGAAUCACAGAUUUUUACAAGGUUUUAUCCCUGCCUGGUGUGUAUAUCACGUCCCAACUAAGUGAGGACAAAACCGUUCAUUCCUUAAUUACAUUCGAUAAAGGAGGAACUUGGAACACACUUACAGCACCUGCGGGUAGUAAAUGUGCAGCAACAGAAAAAGCUUGCAACCUUCAACUCCAUAAUUACUUCAGCGCUUCAAAGCAUGUUGCUCUACCUGCCUUACCACUAUCCAGCAAGAACACCGUUGGAUUAAUUAUUGCCCAUGGAAACAUAGGUGAUGGUUUAAAUUUCAACCCACCCAAAGUUUAUGUGAGUGACGAUGGUGGUUACUCGUGGUCACAACCUCCGCAACUUGAUGGACCUCAUUACUAUGGGAUAGGGGAUAGAGGGGGUCUGUUGUGGGCCAUCCCAUCACAAUCUACACCAACGAAUAUUAUAAAGUUUUCAUUAGAUGAAGGCCAAUGUUGGCAUUCAUUUAAUUUUUCUGACACCCCAAUUCAAAUAACCGGGGUUUCCCCCGAACAAGGAGAGAAAACGACCGACCUAACAAUAUGGGGUUGGGAUAGAAAUGGAGACGGAAUGUGGAUGGUUGUAACUGUGGAUUUCAAAGCAGUUAUGGGGUCUCAAUGUACCAGAGAUGAUUACAUGAAGUGGAUUGCCCAUGAAACCAACACGCUUGCCAGCCUUAAUGAUAAUUGUUUGCUUGGGUCAAAACAAUCUUUUAUUCGAAGGAAAAAAGGAACCAUUUGUACGAACAGUAACGCUCUGCAAGCGAUUCCAACCCAUGAGACAUGCUCGUGUCGUAAUUUGGACUAUUUAUGUGAUUAUGGCUACACACGAAGUACUGAUGGUCGAACAUGUGUACGCGAUACAUCGGCUUCGAACACAAACAUGGAUGUUUGUAUUGAAGGAACGGAAGAAGUCAUUCUGACAAAGGGUUAUCGUAAAAUACCAGGUGAUAAAUGCCAAGGUGGAUUCAAUCCAAAUCACCAAGUUGAAUCUCUGAAGAAAAGUUGCGCAAGAACUGAAGAAGUGAAAGAUAACUUUGGAGUGGAUAAAGAUUUUUUCGUUGAUUACGUUAAACCUCACUCUAAUCCUCACACUGGUUGGAUCAUAUUUCUCGUCAUUGUGGUUCUCGCACUAGGAGGCGCUCUCGUGUAUCUCGUUUAUAAGAAACGAAGCCUUUUAAUGAAAGUUCGAUAUCGACCAAUCACACAAGAGGUUCCCGAUGACUCAGCAAACACACGAUUAGUUGGCACGGCAACCAUCAUGGAUGAUGACGAAGCAGUUUUGGUUGAAAUGCCAAAUGGCGGACCUCCGAAAAAUGGCGCCAUUAUUUCUUACCAUGACGAUUCAGAUGAGGAUCUUCUUGUAACGUGACACCGCCAUUAUUCGGAAUAUUCGAACAAACUAUGCACAGAUCGCCAUCUCUACUUCGCAGUGAGUGAAUUACUUUUACCCACAUUAAUAUUUACAUAGAGAUUUAAGUCGCAAAUGUUGUAUAUCAGUCUAAUGUAUAUGGGACACCUUUAACACACAAUAUCCAAAUAUCCUGAUCGUGUUUUAAACAUUUAACAACGAUCUACAGGAAUCAUGGGGAUAUAGUUUUAAAAUUCUUUGAAUGUUCUUUAUUUACUACCAAAUGGGAUGACAAAAUAGAAUGAAAAGGUGUCCCAUCUUACCCCACCCCCUAUAUAAAAAGUUGUAUUGUUGUAACAUGGGUUUUAUAUGUGGUCAUACAUUCUUGGUGCAAAAGAUUGUUCAUUAUUUCUUCCACUUACAAAUUACCAAACAUGUACUUUCCACCCUGUUCGAUUUUUAUUUUAAAAUGCACAAAAAUGUGAAUGCUUCAUUUUGACGUUAUUUAUUUUUUUUAAGAAGUUGUUAGUACGUACCAAUCUCAAGGCCAUAUUUCCUGAUUUUUAUGUUUUUUUCAAAUCUAUGUUUUUCAAAUUUAAAGAUAGUAAGUCUAUUUGAUCUUGUGGUAAAGCACUGCAAUGAUUUAUAAAGAAUAUUGUUAUUAUAAAAUAUCCAAAUUUUCAUUUAGUACUACAGUAAUAAUCAUGGUGUAAAUUUUGCACGAAAUGUACAUUUAUCUAAAAUUUAAUUCUAUUUUGAGGUUGUAACUAAAGUGCGUCAUUACGAAUAUAUAUGUACUUGGUAUUAGUAGGUAAUGAGUUCUAAGGUUAAUUAACUCUUUACCAAAUAAGAAAUUAUAUUGAAACAAGGAAAUUAUAGUACUGUGGGGAAAGAUGGGACACUUUUACCACAAUAUCAAAAUAUCCUGAUCGUGUUUUAAACAAUUAACAACGGUCUAUAGAAGUUGUGAGGAUAGGGUUUUAGAAUUCUUUGAAUGUUCUUUGUUUACUACCAAAUGAAACGAGAAAAUAGUACAAAAAGGUGUCCCAUCUAUCCCCACCCUACUAUAUCAUUAAAUAAAGAGGCACUUGUAGAAAACUGGUGCAAUUUGUAUUCAAUCCACUGUUGAUAUAAUAUUAACACAUCAAGAACAAUAAUGGCAAAAGGAAAGUUAGUUUUUGACUUGUUAGUUUGGCCUCAUGGGAGCCAUACUAGUCUCAAGCAGAUGUGUAUAAUUUAAAGUCUGAUCUAAAAUUUUCUCAUGGUCUUAAAAUGUAAUCUGUGUCUUUUAUUUGUGCCUUAGAUUUGCAUGCGAUACUUAUUAUGAUUAUUCGUAUUCGAGAAUACAACGUAUUGUUCCAACAAAA